ACAACUCGCCUCUAAAUACCCCUUAAGAAGGAUUCAUACGACCAGUAGAUCCGCUAGUCUAUCUCUCGACUUCAACCCAACCGGUAGCUCUCCGAAACACUCUCGUCCGGAAUUCAUUCAUUGGUUUCUCUGCCAUCAAAAAGCGGUACUCAAGCCACCACCAGCCGUUGAAGACUUUUUCCUAUUUGGUGCGGUCGCUCCAUUCCAGAAAAGAACAUUUCACCUGCGAAAUUUUACCAACUUUCUAGUUGAACAGAAAAAAAUGGCUCGUUUACAACUGGUAUGGCAACUAGCGUUGGUCUGCGUUGUUCUCUUCUUGGCUGGACAAGCACAGGCACAGUUACCCGCAAGCAAUGCAGCCGUCGAAGCGGCCAUUCGUAACCCGCGCUACAUGCGCCGUCAGAUUAAUUGCCUUCUUAAUGAGUCACCCUGUGACAACAUUGGACGCACUAUGAGGCAACUGGUACCAGCACUCAUCAAGGGCCAGUGUCCUGGAUGCUCUCCGCAACAACACCAACAGGCCAUGAAAGUUAUGAAUGUGGUCUCUCAACAGUACCCACAGGAGUACUCGAGGAUCUACUACACCUACAACCAGCAGCAGGGAUAAAUUAAAUUAAAUAUUUUAAUAAUACAGUAAACUAUCUAUAUAAACCCGAUCCUGUUCAUCCUUCCUACCAAUUUCCGAAAAAAAUACGAAACAAAAAGUGCAUUAAAAAAACUCCGAAACCUUUAAAAAUUCUCCCUUUAUCAGUUAUUAAUAAUCAAAAUGCGUGACGGACUAUUUGAUUAUUUUGGUGGCAUGCGUGAGUUCGAAAUUUCCAUAAUUCGAUGGAAAAUGUGUGUAACUUUGUAUUUCAUCAUUUCAUUUAUAUGAGAAAGUAAAAUCGAACAAAUACAUGUAAUUAAACGUC